UAAAAUCCUAAGAUACAUCUCAUAAUCUGGAGUCCCUGCCUCAGACAAAGGGGGGCAAACCUCCACAUCUGUAUAAAAGUCAAAAUCGGUAAACCUUCGGCACAUUCACUUGAGACACGAGAUUACAAUGAGGGCAUUCCAAAUUUGUACCCUGGUACUCACCAUUGUCGGUACCAUCUCUUGUGGAGAUGUGAAAAAAGACAAAAGGGGCGUUUUGGGAUUAGGGUACGGAGGAUUGGGACAUGGCGGGAUUGGAUACGGCUCCGGGCUUAGCUACGGAUCCGGACUCGGCCACAUCGGCUCCGGGGGCUUGGCCCUAUCCGGAGGAUACGGCUACGGGGGCCUUGGCGGCCUUAGCGGCGGUUCCAUCGGCCUUGGGGGCCUUGGGGGCGGUUCCCUUGGCCUUGGGGGCGGCGUGGGCGUCGUCAGUGGUGGCAUCAACACCGUCAGCACCAUCAACCGCGCGGUGCCCAUCCCGGUGCCACAGCCCGUCCCCGUGACCGUUAACCGCCCCGUUCCCGUCCCGGUCCCCCAGCCCGUUGCCGUGCCGGUACCACGCCCCGUUCCCGUCGCAGUUCCCAGGCCAGUACCGGUGACGGUAACCCGCACCUAUCCCGUUGAGGUUCCCCGUCCCGUUCCGGUACCACAGCCCGUGCCAGUGCCAGUUUCGGUUCCACAGCCGGUCCCAAUUGCCGUUCCGCAACCCGUUCCCGUGACUAUUCCCCAGCCUGUUCCCGUUAGGAUACCGACGCCCGUUGCCGUGCCAGUUGCCCAACCCGUCGCAGUCAGCUCCGGAAUCGGACUUGGCUCCGGUAUUGGAUACGGGUCCGGUGUAGGACUUGGGUCCGGAAUUGGAUACGGGUCCGGAGUCGGGCUCGGGUCCGGGAUUGGACUCGGGUCCGGAUACGGACUCGGAGCCGGUUAUGCGAGUGCCAUAGGAUACGGUUCCGGAUUGGGACAUGGAGUUGGGUUGGGCUCUGGAGCUCUCUUGACCGGAGGGCACGGAAUUGCCCUCGGAAAGGGAUGGUAAAACGUCUGUGAAUAUUCAUCUAAGUCUCAUGUGAAGUUAUUUAGUGUAAAUACGUUAUACGUAAAUAUAUAUUUUUACAAAAAAUGUCUUGGGGUAGUUUUUAUUCAAGAAUCGUUAAGUUUAAUCUGAUAAUCGGGCCAUUGUAUUUAUUGACUUUAAUCUCGAAAUUUAUUGUUGAUACGCCUUUGCGAGUGCGUUUUUACAGCAAAUCCCGAUGGAAAAUACAAUUUUAUCUACAUUUAAGGUCACAACGACUUAUUGGAAAUGCGUAAAGAUGCUCAAUUUAGCGAUGUUUAAGAUAAGAUAGGCGUCAAUUUGCGUCAAUGAGAUUAUAUUUUGAAACUGGUUCUCAUCGCCAAUAAUUAAUUGGGAAUGUAACGUCUUAACAAUAUGUUGUUUAAGAUUUUCAAAGUUGAUGAAACAUCAAAGACUAGUGCCUUUAGGGUAUCUAUAUUCAAUUUGGUGUUAACAGUGUUACUAACAGCAGCAUUGAUCGGUUUCGCUAUUAGCGUUUCCUACUAUUAUGACGGAAUCGAGGCAAUACAUGUCAGCAGGUUGAUAUUUGUUGAAGUUGCACUAAACUGCUUAUUUUUCCCCUUUGCAAUUUCUCUAAUAAUCGGAGUAAAAAAAAAUAAAUACAGAUGGAUUAGUAUUUGGAUCAAGGCUAAGGUAGUGCAAGCUUCUUACAUCUUUCUGCUAAAUUUUGUUAUGCAAUUGUAUAUCACUGUACCUCUGAAUGUCGGCGAUGGUUUAGUUGUACUGGUUUACACUCUCGUAAUUGAAGCAUUUUACAUGGAGAACAUUGUUUUCAUGAACAACUAUCAACGGAACCGGCAGCCCAAAGCUGAAGAUAUUUCCGUUCCUAAACAAGUCGUUGAAGAAUUUGUGAUUAAAGUUUAAAAAGUUAUACAAUUGUGGAUACUAAUUUUUGUUUUGAAAAAAUUGAGUACCCAGUAAGACUUAAAUGUUUAUAAGGUGAUUGGCUUUAAAGCUUCCGUAAAAUAUAUUGUAGCAACUCCACGAAAGUAAUCUCAUUUUGUAUAAUAAAAAUUAUAUUUUUUAUCUCUACGUUUAUAUUUUUCCUUCUCUUCCUUUAACACAGAAAUUUUCGACGAAUUCAAAAUAAUCAUCAUGAUUUUCAAGUGCCAUCGGUACUUCAAAACAUUUAUCAGGUGUACGAAAAAGUCUAAAAAUAUAAAUCUGCAGAAACGUUAUCUAGAACAAUGUACAAGGUGAAUUUGCAAAAUAAUGUGAUUACCCACACAAAACAAUUACGAAAAAUUAUGCAAUAUUUGUGUUAAAUUAAUGAAAAUUUUUGGAAUUAAACACCAAACAAGUCAGGCAAAAUCCCAAAUACUGGCGGUGCCAAUUUGACUGACGAAACAAGUGUCAGCGUUUUUUCAAUCAAUAGCUUGUUGUGUUUGGAGUUUAUUUUUCUGUGGCAUUAUUAUGAAAAAAUAUCUAACUAUUAUCUAUUGAUACCCGGUUUUAGUUAGUUUCUAAAUCAAGAGUUUAUUGAAAAAAUGUUUUGUAGUAAUCUCCGGUUGUAAUGGACGUUAUUCAGCCACUUGACCAUUAUCUUAUUUUCGCUCUUAUCGUUGGAAUUUUUAUCUAAACUAAAGAUUUCUGCAGAUAAAUCAUUCGUAAAGACAGCAGGUUUGUAUUGGAGCACAACCAAACCUAUAGUGAAAAGAUUGAUUUAAAACGACAUAAUCCAAGUAUAAUGUAACUCUACCUAAAACCGAACAAAUUUAAAGAGUGACUAAAUCGAUGAUUAUUCUUAAAAUAUGUAUCUCCAAUAUCUUAUCAUUGUCCGGAUUGAACAAUAAACGAUAAUCUUUAUCAUCAAUCUUGAUUAAAAGUCACAAAAUUCGUCACUACAUGAAAUUCUGUAAGCAAUCUAACUUAUUUCCAUAAAAACUGCAAAUAUUUUACACGAAAUGUUGCUCUGGUACUCUUCAUUCUUCAAACAUGUUACUUCAUGGUGUUAUGGAACCGCCAUUGUCCAGUUUGUUGUUUUUUUAUUCAUAUUCCUGGGAGUAUCUUAUUUGUCCACUUUGCUAGAUAUUGACUACAGUGUUGACGAAACAAGGGAAAUUAUUUCAAAAUAUGAAAAAUACAUCGUUCUAGCGUCAUCGCUUUACAUGAUAGUUCCUUUCACAUUUUCUACUGUGUUUCUUUUUGGACUGUUCAAUAAAAAUCCUGUUAUCUUGAAAAUCUUUAUCAUUGAAAGUUUGAUUAACUGCUUUGUUAUCCUAAUCGUUGUUAUUGCAUCGGGAAUAUUUUUAGCCGUAAAAGGGACACAAUACAUCGCUUACAGCUUAAUAGUGUUGGGAAUUGUUCUUGAAAUAUUCCUGGCUCAUGGUAUUUUGUUAGCUUAUGGGGCAAGAGACGUUUUUUUGCAAAACUGUGAUAACAGAAGUAGUGUGAAUUCAGGAAGCAACCAAGAAGAUCCAUAUGUUUGUGAUAGUUAAAACUUUAGUUUACGUUUAAUUUUUACAUAUGAAUUUGAGACUGAAAAUUAAUGUAGUUAAUUAAUGUAAUGUAACAUAGUUUAUAAAAAAUAAACCAUUUUUUUCUACAUGUAUUACUUUAGUUCCAAGGUAACUACAUUUGUCAAAAUUAUGAAGUUUUUUCGUCAACAAACUACUGAAAAUUGCUGUAAAGUAGCAGGCAUACAAUUCGUCUUUUUUCUACUUGUGAUGCUUGUACCGUCUUACUCUUCUUUAUUCCUGCAAAUUGAGCAGGAUGUUGAUGAAUCAAUAAUCUUAGCUUCUAAACUUGAAAAAUAUGGUCUUAUGGCGUCUUCACUUUUCAUGGUUUUCCCUCUGACAUUUUCCCUUAUAUUCUUUGUAGGACUCUUACAUAAAAAUCGAACUAUAUUGCUAAUUUAUAUGUUUGAGUGUUUUGUAACUUAUUUCGCUGCAAUAAUAAUUUGCGCGCUGGGGAUUUGUUUAAUUGUCUUCAAAGCAUCUAUCGCAAUUGCCUUCUACCUUAUUAUUUUUGGAAUUGUAGUCCAGUUCAUUUUAACGCAUGGCCUUAUGUUGGCUCACCAGGAAAGAAAAAAAUUGACAAUGACCGACAAUCAUGAAAACUAAAAAUGUCAGCAUGACUGAAGCCAAGACGUUACUGUCAAAAUCGAAAAUCGUUUUUUGUCAAAUCACCAUGUUACUAUUUAAGCACACAACGGAAAAUUGUUGUAAAUUUGCAGCUUUCCAAUUUGUUACUUUUCUAAUUGUUUUCUUAGUACCGUCUUAUCUGUCCUUAUUUAUCGAGAAGAAAAAGAUUAGCGAAGACAUGAAAUUCUCUUCUCAUCACCCUCAGUUUGAGAAAUAUGCGGUAAUGGCAUUAUCACUUUACAUGAUCAUACCUCUGACGUUUUCAAUUGUAUUUUUUAUUGGAGUUUUACAUAAAAAUGGUUUUUAUAUAUUAAUUUAUAUACUCGAAAGUUGUUUUACUACUAUUAUCACAUUUGUCCUAGUGGUGCUAGGUUUGUAUCAAUUCUCAACCAAAGGAACUUGUAUUAUGGGCUACAGUAUGUUUGCAGUUGGAGUUUUCCUUAGCUUACUUGUGAUUCACGGCAUAGUAGUAGCAUUUAGAGAAAGAGAAAAAUUGAGAAAAAUUCGUGAUAAUCAUAUCAACUAAUAACUAAAUAAAUGUCUUUAUUACAACUACUUUAGUGAAACAAUAACUUGCUUAUUUUAAAGUAAUUUGUCGAAUAAAAUCUAAAACUAGUGUCAAGAUAAUACUGUGGUUAAUAUAGAAUGUUUAAAAGUUCAAACUCUUGAGGUGUUUGUAGAAACUGUGCACUGCAAUAAUGUUGUAAAGAGCAAUCACUGAAAAAAAAAUUAACAACACUGGGAAAUUUACAUUAGUGACUUACGCGAAACAAUGGCUCCGAUAAUUAAGUGGCCAAUAAUAAAAAAGGUCGCGUUAUCUCCCGAAUGAUGAAUAAUAGCCACCAGAAUGGAAAUUAUGUACACGACUACUGCCACCGGAUUAAAUAUCAGCCAAGGAACCAACAAAACUGGCCGAUUCUAAAAUAAAAAUUGCAACCUUUGACUUGCUAUUAGUUUACUUACUGUCUCAGCUGCGAAAAUGAUUGAAAUCGAGAGAAUGCACUGAACUGCGCUCGCAACAGCAAUGAUGAUCAAAAGACAGCGCAAAACUGAAAAAAAUGUCCAGAGAGAGUUGUUUUAAGUAAAAAUCUCACCGCUUAUUUCCGGCACGAUUCCGGGAUCAGACAUUUCCAACAGUUCGUGUGGAUGUUCAGCGUAGGCGGCUGAUAAAACCAAGAACAUGAAGGAAAUAAUACUUUGCACGACGCCAAUAAUGAUGGUCCCAUGUUUUAAGCUAAAGCCACAACAGUUGGAAAUUUCAGGAGCCAUUUU